UUCCCAAGCUGCGCGCCUCGCUGCCCGGAGCGGGUCUGAGCGGCGCUGCCCCGGCGGACCUUUCCGCGGGAGGGUGUCUCUGCUGUCGUCUCUCUGGGUUUGCACGGGAGCCCCACACCCACCCGCCUCUGAGUCCUGGAAGAAAGGGGCGGCUCCCUGCGCCCCGCCGGAAGCCCGGAAAAUGGGGAGCAAGGCCCUGCCGGCGCCCAUCCCUCUCCACCCGUCGCUGCAGCUCACCAACUACUCCUUCCUGCAGGCCGUGAACACCUUCCCCGCCGCGGUGGACCACCUGCAGGGCCUGUACGGGCUCAGCGCCGUGCAGACCAUGCACAUGAACCACUGGACGCUGGGGUACCCCAACGUGCACGAGAUCACCCGCUCCACCCUCACCGAGAUGGCGGCGGCGCAGGGCCUCAUGGACGCGCGCUUCCCCUUCCAGGCUCUGCCCUUCACCACCCACCUCUUCCACCCCAAGCAGGGAGCCAUCGCCCACGUCCUCCCGGCCCUGCACAAGGACCGGCCCCGUUUUGACUUUGCCAACUUGGCCGUGGCAGCCACGCAGGAGGACCCCCCGAAGAUGGGCGAGCUGGCCAAGCUGAGCCCGGGGCUGGGCAGCCCCAUCUCGGGCCUCAGCAAAUUGACUCCGGACAGAAAGCCCUCGCGAGGGAGGCUGCCCUCGAAAACGAAAAAGGAGUUUAUCUGCAAGUUUUGCGGCAGACACUUUACCAAAUCCUACAACCUGCUCAUCCACGAGAGGACCCACACGGACGAGAGGCCGUACACGUGUGACAUCUGCCACAAGGCCUUCCGGAGGCAAGACCACCUGCGGGAUCACAGGUAUAUUCAUUCCAAAGAAAAGCCCUUCAAGUGUCAGGAGUGUGGGAAAGGAUUUUGUCAGUCUAGAACUCUAGCCGUUCACAAAACUUUACACAUGCAGGAAUCUCCACACAAAUGCCCCACAUGUGGAAGAACCUUUAAUCAGAGAAGUAAUCUGAAAACUCACCUUCUCACCCAUACAGACAUCAAGCCCUACAGCUGCGAGCAGUGCGGCAAAGUGUUCAGGCGAAACUGUGAUCUGCGGCGGCACAGCCUGACUCACACCCCGCGGCAGGACUUCUAGAGAAGCCCAGGAUCUGUCCCCCUGUGCCCCCACCCCCUGCUCCCCUCCCCAGACACCCCUCCACACCUCCCCCCCGGGGAUCCCACCCCCAACCCUUCACUGACCCCAGCUCUGCCCUUGCUGCAGCCGCACCUGCAGCUCCAGGGAGUUAACUCAGCUUCUGGAGGACUGAGAACUGUAGACAGCCACACACGUACAUCCCUUCACACAGAGCAUACGCGAGUUCCUUGUAGAUAAUGCACAGCUCAUUUUAGAGCUCUGUACAUAAUGUCGUGGGUCUUGGUGUUGUUGUUUUGUCUGUCUUUGUAUCUUGUUUGGAUGCACCUGGAUAUGGAAAAUGGAAGCCAAAUUUAUCUUUAAAGACUGUAUUUUCAAAAUAAAACUUUUUCUUGUUUGUUUCAA